AAGAGAAUAAAGGGCUUAAUAGAUUCAAUUGAUCUAUUUAAGGUGGCAUGCUGUCCAUAAUCAGAAGAGAGGAACAUACAAACCUUCCAUAGUCUCUGUUUCCAUGGCCUCCGGUGCUCCUGCAGAAUCGCUUGGAGGCCAAGUGAAGAAGAGAGCUUUCGUAACAUUCCUGGCAGGGGACGGCGACUAUGUGAAGGGAGUGGUAGGGCUGGCAAAAGGCCUGAGAAAGGUGAAGAGUGCUUACCCUUUGGUGGUGGCGGUGCUGCCCGAUGUGCCCGAGGCUCACCGCCGAUUGCUUCAAGCCCAGGGCUGCACUGUUCGGGAGAUCGAACCCGUUUACCCGCCUGAGAACCAAGUGCAGUUUGCCAUGGCUUAUUAUGUCAUCAACUACUCCAAGCUGCGGAUUUGGAAUUUUGUGGAGUACAGCAAGAUAAUAUAUUUAGAUGCAGAUAUCCAAGUGUAUGACAACAUCGAUCACCUGUUCGACAUGCCCGAUGGCUACUUCUAUGCAGUGAUGGACUGCUUCUGCGAGAAGACAUGGAGCCACUCUCGACAGUACUCAAUUGGCUAUUGCCAGCAGUGUCCGGACAAGGUGGCAUGGCCUGCUGAGAUGGGAUCCCCUCCUCCGUUGUACUUCAAUGCAGGGAUGUUUGUAUCUGAACCAGCUCGACCAACUUACGAUGGCCUUCUUGAGACUCUUAUGACAACACCUCCAACUCCCUUUGCGGAGCAGGACUUCCUGAACAUGUAUUUCGAGAAAAUCUACAAGCCAAUUCCGCUCAUCUACAAUCUGGUUCUAGCCAUGCUAUGGCGACACCCUGAAAAUGUUGAGCUUGAAAAUGUCAAGGUGGUCCACUAUUGUGCCGCGGGUUCCAAGCCUUGGAGGUACACUGGAAAGGAAGCUAACAUGGACAGGGAGGAUAUUAAGAUGUUAGUAGCAAAAUGGUGGGGUAUUUACAAUGAUAAGUCUCUUGACUUUGCUGCAGAGGAUGCAGUCCCAGAAGGAGAGACCUGCUUACCUUCUUCGAUAAUGGUGGCCAUGUCAGAAAACAAUAUCAACUACAUCUCUGCACCCUCUGCUGCCUAAGACAGAAUAAGGGGAGGGAAACAAGAGCAACUAUGAAAGAUAUAAAGAAUAUGAUAUGAUUCUAUAAACACUCCACCUUUCAACACCUAUCAGUAGCUAACCAUAGCAUCCUCUUGAUCAUGAGGUUCCCUGUAGUUUUAUCCCUUGAUUAUAAAAUCUAUAGCAGCCUUAACCACUUAUUUUCCCAUUGUCCGUUUCUGAGUGUAGGCAUAUCUAUGCACCAGCAAAGUAGUAAAAGUUAAAGCUCGUAAGGUGACAAAAUGCGUUGCUCUAUGUUUCUAGAUCCAUAUAUAUAUAUUGUAAGCUUCUCUUUAUAUAGAAGAUAACUAAUUGGUUCA